CACCAGACAAAAAACACACGCACCGUACAUAACACCCUCACCAACUCUUCAUCCAAUCCUCAUUCCCUUGCCAUCCGCCACCACCACUGUCUCUCAUUGCUUCUUUUUUAUUCCCUUAAUGAGAUUGAGAAGACUAGCAUGCCUUACAAAAACCCAUUCCCCUUCUUCCAACAACAUGCCCCUGUCAACCACCGCCCCCCGCCCCCAAAAAGUCGUGGUGGUGAUGGGCCCCACCGGGUGCGGCAAGACCAAGCUCUCCAUCGACCUCAUCUCCCGCUUCUUCCCCUCCUCCGAAAUCAUCAACUCCGACAAAAUCCAAGCCUACCGCGGCCUCGACAUCACCACCAACAAAAUCCCCCUCUCCGACCGCCGAAACAUCCGCCACCACCUCCUCGCCCACUUCUCCCCCUCCGAAUCCCACCCCGAGUUCACCCCCUCCGACUUCCGCUCCGCCGCCUCCGCCGCCGUCUCCGACAUCCUCUCCCGCCGCCGCAUCCCCUUCCUCGUCGGCGGCUCCAAUUCCCUCCUCUACGCAUUCAUCGCUAGCAAAUUCGACCCGGACACCGACGUCUUCUCCUCCUCCUCCUCCUCCGCCUUCUGCCGGGAGCAGCGCUACCGCUGCUGCUUCCUCCACGUCGACGUCGCGCUUCCCGUGCUCAACGCCUACCUCGUCAAGCGCGUCGACGACAUGCUCGACACGGGCAUGUUCGACGAGCUCAAGCAGUAUUUCAGCAGCGGCGAGUGCGACUCGGUGAGCCAGAGCGGGCAGAAGAAGGCCAUCGGGGUGCCGGAAUUCGAGGGGUAUUUUCGACGUUUCAAGGAUGACGUGGAGGCGUACGAGGGGGCGGUGGGGGCCAUCAAGGAGAACACGUGUCAGCUGGCGAAAAGGCAGGUGGCCAAGAUCCAACGGCUGAGGGACUGCGCCGGGUGGGAUCUGAAAAAGGUGGACACGACGGCGGCGCUGAGGGCGGCGGUGGAGGGGGCCGGUGGGAGGAGGGUGGCGGAGAUUUGGGAGAGGCAGGUGUUGGAACCAAGCGUGAAGAUUGUGAAGCAGUUCUUGAUGGAGUAGGUUUUCCAGCUAUUUCCAGCUAAAUUGG